GGCUUCCUGUAAGCCCCAGACAUAGGCUGUGGUUACAAGUGGAAAAUGUCACUGGGCACUUUAUAGAAGAGAGAGGGGUGAGAAUGAGGAGAUAGAGGGAUGAGUGCGAGUGACAGAGAGAGGGAGAGAAAAAGGGAGAGAGAUUGCACAAGAGUGUGAGAUAGUGAUGUGCGAGUAGAUAGAAAGAGGGACAAUAAGAGAUACAGAAGAAAAGGAAAUCGUCUAAACCCAUCAGUCCAGCAGAGGAGACGACGAUGUGUUUCCUCUCAGGGACCCCCUGAUACCCUGACAGACAAGUCAUAUUGUAGUCAUCGCCAUGCAGAUCCUGUGGUCCUUGCACGUCCUGGUGGUUCUGUUUUCAGUGGAUGCAGCGCACUCUCACAAAGGUUCACAAGGACUCUCCUGUGUAAAUGACUUUGUCAACAAUGUCAGCUGUACAUGGACCAGCUCCCUGGUGGCUCCUGGUGUGGACUGUUGGAUUUCUGGUGUGAAGAAAAUCUGGAUCUUCAACAACAACAAUAGAAUUCAGGACCAAAUGAUUCGAAGCUGCAAGCUUAAAAAACAUGGAAACCCUCCUCCAGGCUGCAGUUUUGUAUUUGAAAAACAAGAAUUCAGUCCUUUUGAAAUGCUGCCCAACAUCAGCAUCCAGUGUAAUGGCACAUUGGUGGAGACGCUUACAAACUAUAAGCCGUGCAGUCACAUCAAAAUGCAUCCCCUAGGUGUUCCCAAUGUCAGCAGCACUGCCAAUGAGACCUGGAUAUCAUGGAGUCUAAGCAGUCCUAUCCCUUACUUAUUCUCAUCCUUUGACUUCCAAAUUCAGAUUAAACAGAAAACCCAGACAUGGAAGGAGGCCAUGGUUCUGGCCAAACAAGAAUUUGAGCUAAGAAUACCUUCUUGGCAACUGAAGGGGAACUUCCAGGUCAGGGUGAGAGUCAAACCCAUUAAGAUGUCUAACUGCAAGGAGAGCCAUUGGAGCAAUUGGAGUCCAAACAAAGCGUCAACACCACAGGAUACAGAUCGACUUCUGGACCCAAUGUGGGGAGUGAUGUUCAGCCUGGGCUUCAUCAUUUUUGUAAUGCUGAUCUUUUACAGGAGUUGCAUAAACAAGGGGCAUCUCAAAAGGAAGCCAGUACCAAACCCUUCAAAAUACUUCCACACUCUCCACUCUGUCCACGGAGGAAAUCUAAAGAAAUGGCUGAAUCCUCUGACAUCUCCUGAAUCAUUCUUUACGGUCCAGCCAUGCGACCACAUCUCCUCGGUUGAGGUGUGUGAAAGCUGGGAUGUUGCCCCCUCCACCUCUCCCUCCUCCAGCUCCACCAGCGCCCUGCUUCACUUCAGGAGCUACGCCUCGGCUGGCUCGGACACCAGCGGUGUUGUUGACAACUUCUGCUCCUCCUCCUCUUCAUCCUGCUUCUCUAAUGUGGGCUACUUCAUGUCCAGGUCCUCCAGCGGCUCAGCUCGAACUGACCCCAGUCCUGCCUACUUCACCUAUCAGGAUGAUUUCCACAAUCUGCACAACAGCCACAACCUUCACGUCUCUGUCUGCCCCUCCCUAAACACCUCUCCAACCUAUGAGAGCUUGAAGAGGGAGCCACAAAGCCCAGACUCUGGCUUUGGCAUCUGUAAAGAAGAAGAAGAGGGCAAGGAAGAUAAAAAGGUCAUUGUUUUAGAAGGGGACGAGGCUUUAGAUGAUCACGAAAUCUCUCCUCUUUUCAUCCUCCCUCUCCAUUUUCCUUCCCGGAUGUGCCCCCCCUCCUCUCCUCCACCCCCACCUACUGCUCCCAGUCUAACUCAGGUGUCCUCUGAUAGCCAACAGGUAGAUGUACCUGUAGCAGCUGCUGGUGGUAGCUAUGCAGCCUGGCCUUUGCCCAUUGCCAUGUGCAGGUCUUCCUCCAUGCCUGUGGAACCCUGUAAAACAGGGUAUCUGACGCUCAAAGAGCUACAGACAACAUUCAGCAAUAAAUCCAUUUGAAAAUGUUGUGUCUAAAAAGUUAUCCCCGUGCGGUAAUUUAAAACUGAAUGCGUUUACAUCACAAGCAACCUGACUGUUUAUUCUAAUUUGAUUAUAUGGAGUGUUCUCUGCUGAGCGCACACAACAGUUGCCUAUUCACACAUUCGACAGACACUGAGCUGUAUUGGCAUUUGUUCUGAGUCAUGUUUCUGGCCACUUGAUGAAUGUAAGUCCAAUAUUCUGUCUCUUUUUUCCUCUGUUUUGGUCUCCACCAGCUCCUGGAGAAAAUGUCUGGCUCUUAAGCCACUAAAUGCUGCACUGUGUGUGCUGUUAGGUGCUUGAAAUCUAGCUUUCAUAGCAUUUUUGCUAAAAACACCUGCCUGCUGCUGUUCCAAACAAGGUUAAAAGUGGUGAGAGUGAACCAAAACAGUAAAGUUAAAGGCAAAUGUUGCUGGCAAAACACAAACAUAGAGCUGAGAAGAACUGCAGAGUCUGUGAUCAUUCUGUGCUAUAAUGUGUUAAUUUGUUGGAUGGUAAUAAAAACGUUAAGUGAGUAGACGGAA